AUGGAAAAAGGUGUAAAUUUCCUGUUUGGUAAAAAAGAUCAAUCAUCUAAUGAAAGAAACACGAUGAGUACAGUAGUAGCAUGUCAAAAAGUCACUGAAUCCACAUCAAGCAUGCUGAUAUCACUUGCCAAUCAACCGUCAUUAGCAUAUUUUCAUAUUCAAGAGCAUAUAAGAAAGUCAACACCGGAGAUUUUACGACAUCAGUCAAAAGUUGAACACUUGAACUCACAAAUCCGUGGAUGUUGUUACGAUCUUGACUAUGCUCUUGAUGUGGUUCAAGGUAUGACAAAGGCUACAAAACAUUUUAAUCGAAUUAAUGAACUAUUAAAAUCAAGUUUAUUUACAAAACUACAAUUGGAUUAUGCCAAAAUGAAUGCUCCAGCUAUUGAAAUGGGUAUCGAUAUUGCCUCAUCAUGGGAUCUAAAUGAUGAACACAUGCUAAGUUUGACGAAUAAAGAUUCCCAGCAUCGGAAACCAUUGUUAGUUAAUCAAGGUGUGAGCUUUGAAAGUUGUUCACAUCCAUCUAAUAAUGAAGGCGGUACAUUGAGUCAGUUAUCUAACACAGUCUCGACAGCUGCUGUACAAGUACGUGAACAGGCUGUCAAUUUGACUAAAAGAGCUAUGUGGACACGUAGUGCUGAUAUCUCUUCUACUAUCAAUAUUCUAUCAUCAAAUACUAAUACUACUACUAUUAAUAAUAAUAAUAAUAGUGAGAUGGUAGUAGCUGCGCCGAAAUCAGCCAACAAUUCAAUUGAAGAUAAAUCAGCCUAAAUGUGUUGGGAUGUGCUAAUUUAUCGAGUUAGUCAUCUGCUAUUGUUGUUGUUGUAAUCAAGUGUGCAAUAAGUGUACAUAUAUAUGUAUGCGAGACUUUCAAAAUAAAUUUAUUAUUAUGAUUAUUA